AUGCCUCGUAAACGCUUCGGAAUCCAGGAACCCCAAACAGCUAUACAACAUGCCCAAUACUAUCUGAAGAAAAUAGGACUAGGGCCAAAUAACUACUACUUCUGGAAACAAACCGGAAAGGCUUUGAUAUGCACCUAUGCAGUGAUGGGUGCAGCGUGGUUAUAUAACGAGACAUCCCCGUUGGGUUGGUGGACGCUGAAGCCAAUGCCAAAGGAAGAGAAAGAUAUGGCUCAUUUGUACGAGCGGCGCCAGUUUCCGUAUCCCGGUGAUGCGGAAGCUAUGGAGGAGUUUGUUAAACAGGGUGGAAUGAUUGGAACAACUAUUGGACCUAAAGGGAUGGUGGAGAAUGAUAUGGAUGAAAGUGAUUAUAAGAAGGAGCUUAAGGAUAAGAAGUUUGAGCAGGAGGCUCAGAAGCUUUGGUUGAGGAUGAGGAAUGAGAUUAUUGCGGAGCUUCAGGAGAAGGGUUUUGAAGUAGAAUGA